AGGCACGGGAGAGAGGCAGCGAAGGAGGCACGGGAGAGAGGCAGCGAAGGAGGCACGGGAGAGAGGCAGCGAAGGAGGCACGGGAGAGAGGCAGCGAAGGAGGCACGGGAGAGAGGCAGCGAAGGAGGGCCGCGGCUCCGCUCGGCUCCGCUCGGCUCCGCUCGGCGCUGACGGUCCCCGGUGCCGCCGCCGUCACUCGCCCCGCCCGUCCGCGGUUCCGCUGGCGGCUGCGGGACGCGGCGCUCAGCGGGGCCGGGGGCUCAGCGGGGCCGGGGGCUCAGCGGGGCCGGGCCGCGGGAUGAGCGCCCGGCGGCUCCCCGGGGGCAGCGGGGGCCGCUGAUGCUGCGGGGACCGCGGGGGCGGCGGGGGUGGCUCGGCGCGGCCCCGCCCGCGGCGGGGGCCAUGUGAGCGCGGUGCCGGCAGGAUGCAGAAGGGGAUGCGGCUCAAUGACGGGCACGUCGCCCACCUGGGGCUGCUGGCGAAGAAGGACGGGGCCCGGCGCGGAUACCUGAGCAAGCGGAGCGCCGACAACACGAAAUGGCACACCAAGUGGUUCGCGCUGCUCCAGAACAUGCUCUUCUACUUCGAGACCGACUCCAGCUCCCGGCCCUCGGGGCUCUACCUGCUCGAGGGCUGCGUCUGCGACCGCGCGCCCUCCCCCAAGCCCCCCCUCUCGGCUAAGGACUCCCUGGAGAAGCAGCACUACUUCACUGUUAACUUCAACCACGAGAACCAGAAGACCCUGGAGCUGAGGACCGAGGAUGCCAAGGACUGCGAUGAGUGGGUGGCAGCCAUAGCUCACGCCAGCUACAGGAACCUGGCGACAGAGCACGAGGCGCUGAUGCAGAAGUACCUCCAUCUCCUGCAGAUCGUGGAGACGGAGAAGACCGUUGCCAAGCAACUCCGGCAGCAGAUCGAGGACGGGGAGAUCGAGAUCGAGCGCCUCAAGGCCGAGAUCGCGUCCCUGCUCAAGGACCACGAGCGCAUCCAGGCCAGCCAGAGCAGCGCGCCCAGCGACGAUGACAGCGACAUCAAGAAGAUCAAGAAGGUGCAGAGCUUCCUGCGGGGCUGGCUGUGCCGGAGGAAGUGGAAGACCAUCAUUCAGGACUACAUCAGGUCCCCCCACGCUGACAGCAUGCGCAAGAGGAACCAGGUGGUGUUCAGCAUGCUGGAGGCUGAGGCCGAGUACGUCCAGCAGCUCCACAUCCUCGUCAACAACUUCCUGCGGCCGCUGCGGAUGGCAGCCAGCUCCAAGAAGCCGCCCAUCACACACGACGAUGUCAGCAGCAUUUUCCUCAACAGCGAAACAAUCAUGUUUUUGCACCAAAUUUUCUACCAAGGCCUGAAGGCGCGGAUCUCCAGCUGGCCCACGCUGGUGCUGGCCGACCUGUUCGACAUCCUGCUGCCCAUGCUGAACAUCUACCAGGAGUUUGUGCGGAACCACCAGUACAGCCUGCAGAUCCUGGCCCACUGCAAGCAGAACCGCGACUUCGACAAGCUGCUCAAGCACUACGAGGCCAAGCCUGACUGCGAGGAGAGGACCCUGGAGACCUUCCUCACCUACCCCAUGUUCCAGAUCCCCAGGUACAUCCUGACCCUGCACGAGCUGCUGGCCCACACGCCCCACGAACACGUGGAGAGGAACAGUCUGGAUUAUGCCAAGUCCAAGCUGGAAGAGCUGUCCAGGAUAAUGCAUGACGAAGUGAGUGAGACUGAAAAUAUUCGGAAAAACCUGGCAAUAGAGAGGAUGAUCAUCGAGGGCUGUGAGAUCCUGCUGGACACCAGCCAGACCUUCGUCAGACAAGGCUCCCUGAUCCAGGUGCCCAUGUCGGAGAAGGGCAAGAUCACGCGGGGCCGGCUGGGCUCGCUGUCGCUCAGGAAGGAGGGCGAGCGGCAGUGCUUCCUCUUCUCCAAGCACCUCAUCAUCUGCACCCGCGGCUCCGGGGGGAAGCUGCACCUCACCAAGAAUGGGGUGAUCUCCCUCAUCGACUGCACGCUGGUGGAGGAGCCUGAGAGCACUGACGAGGACGCCAAAACAUCAGGACAAGACAUUGACCACCUUGACUUCAAAAUCGUGGUGGAGCCGAAAGAUUCCUCAUCCUUCACCGUUAUCCUCGUGGCCUCGUCCAGGCAGGAGAAGGCUGCAUGGACCAGUGACAUCAGCCAGUGCGUGGACAACAUCCGCUGCAACGGCCUGAUGAUGAACGCCUUCGAGGAGAACUCCAAGGUCACCGUGCCCCAGAUGAUCAAGUCUGAUGCCAGCUUGUAUUGUGAUGAUGUUGACAUUAGGUUCAGUAAAACGAUGAAUUCCUGCAAGGUCCUGCAGAUCCGCUAUGCCAGUGUGGAGCGGCUGCUGGAGAGGCUGACGGACCUGCGCUUCCUGAGCAUCGACUUCCUCAACACCUUCCUGCACUCCUACCGCGUCUUCACCACUGCCCUCGUCGUCCUCGACAAGCUCAUCACCAUCUACAAGAAGCCGAUCAGCGCCAUCCCUGCACGGUCCCUGGAGCUCCUGUUUGCAAACAGCCAGAACAACAAGCUGCUCUAUGGGGAGCCCCCCAAGUCCCCCAGAGCCAACCGCAAGUUCUCGUCGCCGCCGCCGCUCUCCAUCAGCAAGUCGUCGUCCCCCAGCCGCCGGAGGAAGCUGUCCCUCAACAUCCCCAUCAUCACCGGGGGCAAGGCGCUGGACCUGGCGGCGCUGAGCUGCUCCUCCAACGGCUACGCCGGCGUCUACUCCUCCAUGGCCCCCUUCAGCAAGACCACCCUGGACAUCAACAAGCUGUACGUGUCCAGCACCUAUCCCAACAAAAUCCCAGACGAAGGAGAAGCGGCCUCGGAAAAGCAAGAGGAGUCGCUGCCGGGCAAGCAAAGCUCAGAGGUGUCUGUCAGGGAGGAGUCGGACACGGAUCCCAACCACAGCGAUGAAGCAGAAGCUGAAGCUUCCCCAACGAAAUCUCCGACAACUCCCAAGUCCAUCAAGUGCAAAAAUUCAUCAGAUUUCUCGCUGUUCUCCUACAACAACGGCAUGGUCAUGACGUCCUGCCGGGACCUGGACAGCGCCCGCAGCGCCGUGUCCGCCACCUCUGCCUUCGCCAUCGCCACGGCGGGGGCCAACGAGGGCACCCCCACCAAGGAGAAGUACCGCAGGAUGUCCCUGGCCAGUGCAGUUUCAGGCUUCCCGACGGACCAGCGGAACGGGGACAAGGAGUUCGUGAUCCGGAGAGCGGCCACCAACCGCGUCCUCAACGUGCUGCGGCACUGGGUGUCCAAACACUCCCAGGACUUUGAGAGCAACGAGGAGCUGAAGUUCCGGGUGAUCGGCUUCCUGGAGGAGGUCAUCCAUGACCCCGAGCUCCUGACGCAGGAGAGGAAAGCGGCUGCCAACAUCAUAAGGACCUUGACGCAGGAGGAUCCAGGAGACAACCAGAUAACCCUGGAGGAGGUUGUGCAGAUGGCCGAGGGGGUCAAAGCAGAACCCUUUGAAAACCAUUCAGCCCUGGAGAUCGCAGAACAGCUGACGCUGCUGGAUCACCUGGUCUUCAAGAAGAUCCCAUAUGAAGAAUUCUUCGGGCAAGGCUGGAUGAAGCUGGAGAAGAACGAGAGGACUCCAUACAUCAUGAAGAACACAAAGCACUUCAAUGAUGUCAGCAACCUGAUCGCCUCGGAGAUCAUCCGGAACGAGGAGAUCACCGCGCGCGUCAGCGCCAUCGAGAAGUGGGUGGCGGUGGCCGACAUCUGCCGCUGCCUGCACAACUACAACGCCGUGCUGGAGAUCACCUCCUCCCUCAACCGCAGUGCCAUCUUCCGCCUCAAGAAAACCUGGCUCAAGGUCUCCAAGCAGACGAAGGCUCUGGUUGAUAAGCUCCAGAAGCUGGUGUCCUCGGAGGGCAGGUUCAAGAACCUGAGGGAGGCACUGAAAAAUUGUGACCCUCCGUGUGUGCCCUACCUGGGCAUGUACCUGACUGACCUGGCGUUCAUCGAGGAGGGCACCCCGAACUACACUGAGGAUGGCCUGGUGAACUUCUCCAAAAUGAGGAUGAUCUCACACAUCAUAAGGGAGAUCCGCCAGUUCCAGCAAACCUCCUACAAGAUCGAGCACCAGCCGAAGGUGACGCAGUACCUGCUGGACCAGUCGUGUGUGAUGGACGAGGAAACCCUUUACGAAGCUUCUCUGCGGAUAGAGCCCAAGCUGCCUUCCUGAGCGCGGCGGCGGCCGCCCUGUACACUCGCUAUAGCAAACUGUACAUAGCCAGUUCCAUGGACGCCCUGGAGUGACUCCCAGUCUGUGCUUCUCCCAGCAAACCCCCGCCCCAGGCCGCGCUCGACCUCGCCUAGGAUUCCCCGCCCCGGUUAAGGUUUAACGCAUCGACACUUCGCUGGAGCCCCGGGUUCUUUUGGAUGAUGUUACUUUUGUCAUUUGUUCCUCCUGGGGGGCUGGUGGCCGGGCAGGUGAGUCCCCGUGUCCCCGUGGGGCAGGUGAGCCCUGUGUCCCCACGGGGCUCUGGGGCGGCACAGAGCAGCUCUCACUCGGACGGCGCUGACAUCGCACGGCAAACUCUGUAAGGUGGGAGAAGGGAACGCAUUAAAGGCUGUUCCUCGCUGUGAGCUGCCCUCUCUGUGUGUGCCACCCUCGUGCUGGCCGGGCACGGGGGGCCCUGGCUGCUGCCCCGGUCCCUCCGAAGUUGGGAAGAUGGAAGCAUCCCCCUGCCUCUCCUCGCUGCAUCCGGCUCCUGUUGAUAUGCUGUAGAUCCGUACCCUUGUGCCCACUCUGAGUACCAUGACGUAGAGUUAGAGAUGACGAGUGUUUUUAUUACAUCUACUGUAAUCCUGGCUAACCACCCGCUAGCAGGAUAUAGUAAUGUAGUGCUUAUUCUGUGAAUAGUACCUGGGUUUUUUACAUUGUACAGUCCCUGACACGGUUCCCCGGCAGUGGCAGGCAUGCUCCACUCACACAACACUUGCUGUAAGCAAUACCUCGUGGUAUGGGAAUUCUCUUUCAAGCCCUAAAACUAUUUCAACUUACAGCUUGUUUGGGAAAAAAAAAAAUAUUUCCAUUCUUUUUGUAAAAAUAUAUGUUUCCUGAUUACCUCUUGCUAAUAAAUCUAUUCUAUCUCAGGGUGAA